UGUUACUUUCAUCUGCAUGCAUCAUUCAGAAAUCAUCCUCUCGGUGGCAGUUGUAGGAUGUAGAGAGAAUUUAUCAGUUUCGGUUUUAACGAGUUUUCAAUGAACUAAUAGAUAAUAUGGAUAACAAAAACGUUUUGUUUUCUUUUUGUUAUCAGUGUAUUGAAAUGCAUACGAUAAAAUUUACAAAAUUCUGCAGAAGGAGAAUUUGGGAUUUUAAAAUUUAAAUAACUUGUUUAACUUAGUCAAAAGUGCUCUAAGAACUUUUUUUUGUACAUCACUGGUGGCAUCAUUUGUUUAGUGCAAUUGUUCUUUGCUCAUCUGUAUAUUCAUGCUUGUUACAAAUGGAUACAAUCAACCAAAAUAUCAUCGUGCAUGUGGCAGAAUUCAUAAAAGAUCGUUUCUAUUUUACUACCAUAGUUGAAAAGAAAAGGCCAAAAAUAUCUGUUACACAUCAUUAUUUCUCUACAGAUGAAGAAUUCAUAUAUAACAAUUUCUAUGCCGAUUUCGGUCCAUUAAACUUGGCCAUGGUUUAUCGAUAUUACUGCAAGGUGAAUAAAAAAUUAAAGGUAAGUAAUUAUUUCCCUAACUUUGAUUCAUGUAUUUUUCCUUCACCAUUGAACUGCAAAUAGCUUUUUUUUAAUACUUUAUUUUAUCUUUGUCGCCUAAUAGUUUAAAGAACAAUCAUUUUUCUUCUUGACUAAAAAAAUAAAAGUCAAGCUAAAUUUAGUUAAUAGACCAUCUUUAAAAUUUAA